AUGGCGCAUCGAGCUCCAGGGACUGCUAACUUAGAUUGGGCCAACUUGGGCUUUGAAUUCAGGCAGACAAGGAGUCACAUAAAGUUUGUUUGGAAAAAUGGUGAAUGGUCGGAAGGUGAACUGGUGGCCGAUCCCUACGUGAAAGUUCAUAUUGCCAACACAGGCUUACAUUACGGGCAAGCUAUCUUUGAAGGGCUGAAGGCAUUUGCCUGGCAAGACGGCUCCAUUCGCAUAUUCCGUCCGCAGGAGAAUGCCAAGCGCCUGCGUAUGUCAGCUGAGCGGCUCUUGAUGACCGCCUUUCCCGAGGACAAUUUCGUGGAAGCGGUCAGACGCGUGGUGGCAGAUAAUGCAGACUACGUUCCCCCCUUUGGCACAGGGGGCUCACUCUACAUCCGCCCCCUCCUCUUUGGGAGCGGGCCGCGCAUCGGCCUCAAUCCCUCCGACGAAUACACCCUCUUGAUCAUGCCCAUUCCCGUAGGCGACUACUACAAGGGCGGUCUGUCCCCCGUCUCGGCCCUGGUCAUCGACGAUUACGACAGGGCAGCUCCCCGGGGCGUCGGCCACGUGAAGGUGGCGGGAAACUAUGCAGCAGACCUGCUCCCGAAUUUGCUGGGGAAGAAGAAGGGCUACCCCAUCGGCUUGUACCUCGAUGCUAAGACGAACAGCUUUGUGGAGGAAUUUUCCACCUCCAACUUCGUUGCCAUCGACUCGUCAGGCGCCUUUGUCACGCCUCGAUCUCCCACGGUCCUACCCUCCAUCACGAACAAAUCGCUCAUGGACUUGGCGCGCGAUGAGGGGCUGGCGGUGCAGGAGAGAGCGAUACCCAUAACAGAGGUGAAGACCCUGCGCGAGGUAGCCGCAUGUGGGACUGCCGUGGUGGUGACGCCCGUAAACCGGGUCGUCUACAGGGAUGAGGUAAUUAAAAUCGGGGGAGAAGACGGGGGAACGGGGCCGGUCACAGCGAAGCUCUACAGUAGGGUGCGUGCCAUACAGCAAGGGGAAGCGGAAGAUAAGUUCAGUUGGACGGUAAAGGUGUGA